GAAGAGCUAGUUUAUAAUAUUUAUUAUAACAGGGGACAUGUAGGUGUUCUAUUUACCUACUUAGUUUGAUAAUAGGGUAUACUGUCUUAUCAGUUGUUAUGAGUGAGCGUGCAGUGAUAUUAAUUCUCAUGUCUUGAAUAAACAACAUCAUUGUGUGUUAGGCAACGAAACAAGUUAGUCGAAUGUGUGUUACAAAAUGACUAAAGGUUCAGUGAACAAGGAUUUGACCUCUGAGAGGGCUAAAUGUGACUUUAAUGUGGAAGAGUUAACCAAUUAUUUGGAUGGUGGCAAAGAAAGUACUACAAGAAGACGGCGCAUAGAGGACAAAGUGCUGAGUGUAAAGGAACUUAGAGAUGUGAUACCUGAGGAGUAUUUAAGCCAUAAAGAAAAGUAUGAAAAUGCUAUACGUAAAGCGAUAUUGUUUUACAAGGUUCAGAAAACUUUGGAGGACACCAAACUGUCCGAACAAGAACGCAUCAGAUAUAACUCCAGGAACAUGAUAUCGACAGCAGUCUUCAAGGACAACACGCCUUUAGCGUUGCACUUUAUAAUGUUCAUUCCAACCAUCAUUGGUCAAGCUAGCGAUGAACAGAGAGAGUAUUGGUUGAAGAGAGCCAAGAAUAUGGAAAUUAUUGGCACUUAUGCUCAGACGGAAUUAGGUCAUGGUACGUUUAUACGAGGCUUGGAGACCACGGCGACUUAUGAUUCUGCUGCUGAGGAGUUCAUUCUUCACAGCCCCAGCGUCACAGCAUACAAAUGGUGGCCCGGUGGCUUGGCCCACACAGCAAACUACUGCGUUGUAAUGGCGAACCUUCUAAUCAAGGGUAAGAGUUGUGGAAUCCAACCAUUUAUGAUACAAAUACGAGACGAAGAGACACACAUGCCUUUGUCGGGAAUCAAAUUAGGCGAAAUCGGAGCUAAACUUGGAUACAACACUGUCAAUAAUGGAUUCUUGGGCUUUGACAAUCAUAGAAUACCGAGAGAUAGAAUGCUUAUGAAGAAUGCUCAAGUUUCGAAAGAUGGCACAUUCACAGCUGGGGCCAACAGCAAAUUGACGUACGGUACCAUGGUUUAUGUGAGGGUUAUAAUUGUCAAUAAUAUGGCGAACUUGUUGGCAAGAGCGGUCACAAUCGCUGUCAGAUACUCUGCGGUUAGAAGACAGUCGAAGCUGAAGCCUGAGGAACCUGAACCACAAAUAUUAGACUAUGUAACCCAACAACACAAGCUGUUUAUCGCUAUAGCUACCAGCCACGCAUAUUCCCGUACGGCGAUGUGGCUUUGGAAUCUUUACAGUAAAGUUACCACUGAGUUGAAUGAUGGAAAAUUAGACAAUUUGCCUGAGUUACAUUCUCUGGCGUGUUGCUUGAAAGUGUUGAGUUCAGUUGAUGCCGCUGUAUUUGUUGAGAGAAGUCGACUGUCCUGCGGUGGACACGGAUAUAUGCUAUCGUCCAAUCUGCCACAAACUUAUGGUGUCGUAACUGCUGCCAGUACUUAUGAGGGAGAAAAUACUGUGCUUCUGCUGCAAACUGCGAGGUCUCUAGUAAAAGCAUGGCAACAGAUGCUGGGCGGUAAGCAGUUAGCGCCAUCUAUGCAGUACUUGUCUGAUAAAAGACAGAUAGAUCGAUGGGAUGGAUCAGUUGAUGGUAUCAUUAGGGCUUUCCAAAAAGUAGCCAAAGGAAAAUUAGCAUCGAGCGUGGCUUGUUUUGAAAAGUAUCAGAAAAAGGGGUUAUCUUCUGAAGACGCAUGGAACAAGGCCUCUGUACAAUUGACUGCUGCUGCCGAAUCCCACGGUCGUGCAGUAGUCGUGGAAGUGUUCAAGUCUGAGAUAGCUAGUACAACGACGUCGUUGUCACCGCCAGUAAGAAAGAUCCUUGAUCAGCUCGUUGAGUUGUUCACCUUAUACUGGGCGUUGGAGAGGCUAGGCGAUUUGUUAUUGUAUACUCCACUAUCGGAAACCGAUGUCGGAGAUAUGCGGACCAGAUAUGAAGAUCUCCUAGAGAAGAUCCGUCCCAAUUCUGUGGGACUGGUCGACGCUUUCGAUAUUAGAGAUGAGAUUUUAAAUUCUGCUCUGGGCGCGUACGACGGCCGUGUGUACGAUCGUCUGAUGGAGGAAGCCAUGAAAAGUCCUCUGAACGCGGAGCCAGUCAACAGCUCAUUCCACAAGUACCUCAAGCCGUUCAUGCAGGGGAAACUAUGAUUAACAUCUAUACACUAUGGUUUGGUCACAAAGUUAUAACAAAACACAAAAUAUUGUUAUUAUACACAUGAUUUUAUAUUGUUUAUUUUGUUGAUGAUAUUAAAAAAAUAUAUGC